UCCUCCUUCUUCACUUCCGGUGCGUCUGCUUUACUGCCAUUUUUAAUUUAACUCUUUCAUGUAAAGUUUGUAAACACAACAAAGCUCCUACAGGAUCUGAUGAUCACCUUCGCCCAAAGCACAUCACACGUAUGAUCGCUAGCAGUGAUUACAAACGAGAGUCGGUAGAGGACGAGUGCGGGACUGGGAUCUGUACUGGGAUCUGAACUGGGAGAAGCCUGUAACAUUAUCAGGAAAACAUGAGAAAAAAGCAGAAUGUGAAAAACAGGAAAGCAGAAGAGACAACAGUUGUACAGGAGUUUGCUGUGGAAAAAAUAAUUCAUCGAAGAGUCAACAAUGGAAAAGUGGAAUACUACCUGAAGUGGAAAGGCUUCACAGAUGCUGAAAACACUUGGGAGCCAGAAGACAAUCUGGACUGCCCAGAGCUGAUUGAAGAGUUUCUUAGAAACUUAGAUGUCUCAGGUGAGACAGAAAGAACAGACGUUUUCCCUGUGGAUUCUAUUAUUCAGCCCAAAGAAGAACAGACAGAGCUGGAUGCUAAUCUUGUAAGUCAACAUCAGCAGCACUCUGAAAGAGAGCAGACAGAGUGUGAGACUGGGGAAUCUGCAGACCACAACACUGAGACUACCAACAACCACCCUCGUAUCCAAGAACCAGAACGCAUCAUUGGCUCCACCGACCGGCAAGGAGAGCUCAUGUUCCUCAUCAAAUGGAAAGACACAGAUGAUGUGGCACUGCUGUCGGCCAGGGAGGCCAGUGUAAGAUGGCCCAAGAUGGUUAUUGGUUUCUAUGAGGAUAAACUGAGCUGGCAUGAGGAAGAGGAACAGUGACAAUGAACUGAAAAGCACACGGCAGCUUUUGAAGUUUCCUCUCCACCAUUUCCACUGGGUUUUCAUGUCUGUGAAAAGUCUUGUUGUGAAAGUGUGUAAAUUCCCAGACACUGUGAAACAUGUCGAAGCACACUGAACUGCACUGUAUAGAGUGAUGUCUUGUAACAAGUAUAUUAAAUUAUCUAGAUUAUAGAAUAAAUGGUUGGAUAAUUGGUGCUGUAUUUGAACUGUAGAUCUAAGUACAAAGUGUUACCUAAUUGCUUUAAUGUUUAGCCAGUUUGACUCAACUUUAAGAGACCUAUUGGGGCCACAUAAUGUACUAAUGAAAACUUUAUUAUUAGGAGUAAUCACUGUAACCGUUGGUCUCUGUGUAACUGUUUUAGCACUUCUACUGUGAUUAAGACCAGUGAUCUGUGAAAUUUGUAGUUUUGUUCAUUUGCACAAACAAAUACAAAUGUAGCAUUUUAAGACCAUUUAUUUUCUUUAAAAGCAGUGUGAUAUUUUAUUACAUCUGCACCAGCACAGUGCAUUGUUGAGAAAUGUAGUUUGUCCUUACUAGUUUUUUUCUCUUUUUUGUUCAUUAGUGUACUUUAAUGAGGAGCGAGAAACUUGUGGGUUAAUAAAUGUCCAAAAUUCA